UCUUAGUCUUGUAGUCUUGUCCCUCACUUCUCAUCUCAGUCUGAACUCAAAUCAAAAUGGCACAGCCUCUCCUCUGUAUUCUCAUGAGUACACUUUUCUACAAAGUCAGUUCCUUAACCUGCUAUCAGUGCAUUCCUGAGACAUCAAUUAAAUGCACUGAAACUAAAGUGGAGUGUCCUGUUGGUCAGUGUGGGACUAUGAGAACCACAUCUUAUAUGGGAAACAACACAUUGGCUGACAUGAUUAUGAAGAACUGCUCUGCAACUCAUCAAUGCACAACUGCAACGGCAAACUUCGGAAUUACGAAAUUAGUCAUCAGUAAUCAAUGCUGCAAUACUAACCUGUGCAACACCCAGACUGAAAUAGAAUUACCCAAAAUCAUCCCAAACGGAAUGCACUGCUAUACUUGCAAUGGAGAAGAUUGUGCAACAACUUUACCUUGUGUUGAUAAGGAAGAUCAUUGUAUCAAGGCAACUGUCAGUAGUGAUGGCCAGAUGUUGACAAUGAGAGGAUGUGCGACUGAAAGUUUUUGCAGGGGUGAUUUGUCCACUCAGAUCGGCCAGUCCAGCAUAGCGGCGGACCAGAGCUGCUGUAAAGGACAUCUCUGUAACGGCGCUCAAACCGCCACUGCGAGCCGCUUCUUUCAGCUGGGGAUUCUGAUCUACGUAAUACUGCAGACGACACUUUAAACGUCAGCUGUCAUGAUUCUCUGAGGUUUUACAAAAAAUGAAUCCAGCCAAGAUUCUUAUAUUGUUUAUAUCGGUUAAUUACAAAUUAUAUGUUGUCAAUGCAUGAUCCUUCGAAGUGCUUGUCAAGUGUACCGAUAUUUUCAUUAUAUUGUCAUUUUUUUCCCUCUUUCUCAAUACUCACAAACACCGAUGUAACAGAUAUAACAAUAAGAUUAUGCAAUGGCCAGUAACUAUAUAUAUUUUUUAAACUUAAACAUAUCUUUGGUCCGAACAACCUAUUCCCCCGAGAGACUGGUGUGAAACAGUGUACAUAUGUUUACUGAUUAUUUUCCUUUCAAGAGGGUGUAGAUUUAGGUUUCUG